CGGAUGGACCACACAACCCCCGCCCCCGCCAUCGUGUAAGGAUGAUGAAGAAAUCUAACAAGAUCUUAACCUACUAUGAGGUAUGAACAACAACCAUAACAUAUCUCAGUAUCUCCCUACAAAAUUCUAUACAUAAUGUUCGGCGACGAUGGGCCAGCGGAUAUCCUCAAAUCAUCCUACCAAUAUGGAACGUCCGCACUCAAUCAAUCAAGUCGUUCACAACCGCUAAGAACUUUCCUUUUCGGCUAUCCACUCCACAAUUCGUUAGCCCCUCUGCUACACGCGAAAAUUUUCGAGGGGCUCUCUAUACCAUGGACGUACUCGCCCAUGGAAACCCAAGAUGCAUCGAGAUUUAUCCCUGCACUUAAAGCACCCGAUGUAAUCGGCUGUGCCGUUACGAUGCCUUAUAAGGUAUCCAUGAUGUCGGUUGUUGACGAGGUCACUGCUGAGGGUAAGAUAAUCGGGGCCAUCAACACUGUGUUUAUCCGCAAGGCGCAUGACGGAAGCCCUAGGUAUAUCGGAACCAAUACGGAUUGCAUUGGCGUGAGAGAAUCCUUCCUGCAGAACUUCCCGGACGUGCUGGAGCACUCUACGGGGAAACCGGGCCUCGUGAUAGGGGGAGGAGGGGCUUGCAGAUCUGCGAUUUACGCACUGUGGAAAUGGCUUGGGGCAAGUAAGAUAUAUCUAGUAAACAGAAUCGAAAGCGAAGUAACGGACAUGAUUCAGUCGCUAAAGACGGCUGGGUUUGACGGUGAACUCAUCUACGUGUCGUCGGUAGAAAUGGCUGAGGGUCUAGAAGCCCCGGUUCUAGUCGUUGGCACUGUUCCCGACUUUGCGCCGAGAGAAGAGGGGGAGAUCACUGCGAGAAAUAUCAUCACCACAUUCUUAUCAAAGGAGAGGAAAGGCUACGUUUUAGAAAUGUGUUAUCACCCUAAACCUAGGACUGAGUUCUUCGAAAUGGCUGUGGCGGCUGGGUGGAAAGUUCUGUAUGGGACCGAGCCGAUGAUCUACCAGGGGGUUGCGCAACAGGUGCUAUGGACGGAGUUGUCGCAAGAGAAUUUUAGUUUGGAUGAAGUGAAGAAGGUAAUUUCUGAGAAAUUGGAGAAGAUAUAGAGUUGAAGGAAAGCUAGGAAUUAAUCAUAUGCG